GCCUUCAGUCUGCAGCCGGACUCCUCCGCCACUCCUCCCCUUCGGGUCCGUCCUUCAUUAAGGGGAGCAGCCCGUCGCCUCCUGCCGCUGCUCAAACGUGGAGGGAAGGAAACGAGGAGGGACGCCCGCCGCUGAACGCGCGGCUCUAUUGUUAGUUCAGUAAAAUUUACGGCUUCGCCUGCAUAUUUAGUGCGUUUCGCGUCGUCUUCGGGGCCGAAAGGGGCCGACUGUUUGUUUCCUCGGGAGUCUUAACGACGGCUGAAAGCAGGACGUCCUUGUUAAGGAUAAGAGGAACUGACCAUUCAGGACAGGUGUGAGCCCGUAGACGUAGAUAUCGGCAUCGACUCCAGCAGCAUCCACACGUUUCUGAAGUAGGGUAUGAAACCGGAUGGGGUUAGCAUGGAAACCACAGAGCCCAGUGAAGGUGAAGCUGCUACUGUAACAGAGCCUUCCUCAUUACAAGAAAACAUAACUGAACAAGCCCCAUCACAGGCAGAUGAUGUAGCAAAUGAUACUGCAUUAACAGCUGCUCCAAAGGCCAAUGGCAAACCAGUGCCUGCGCAGGCCAAAGUUAAACCAAAAGCUGGUGGGCCUCAAACGAAGCUUUUGGCCUCUGCUGGGGCUUCCAGCUCACGGCCUGGUACUGCCUCAAAUCGCACUGCGAAUGAUGUCAGAUCUGCCUCCGGUGUUUCUGCUGCUCCAGGCAAGAAGACUGCAGCAACAUCUACGGUAAAAACCUCUUCGUUAGCAGGAGCUGUACCCAAAAGACCACUGGGUACAUCAGCAGUUUCCACAACAGCCAAGAACCAAACUAGAGUGCCUGACAAGAGGUCUGCUGCACCUGCCAGGACUACCUCUGUUGCUGCUGCCACAGUAACAAAUGGUACCAAACCAUCAGUGAAUGGCACACCUAAGAAGAAACUUGCAACGGAGACUGUUAAUGGAGCUAAACCCAAAACUACAGCUGUUGCCAGCAGAGCCCCUUCUACUGCUCCAAAAACCAGUGCUUUGACCACAGCUAAAGCUGCUGGUGCUGCUGCAUCAAAAACCACAAGGCCUUCUCCAGGUCUCUCAACUUCUAGACCUACGUCCGCCACAUCCAGGCCUCCCGCAGCUACAACCAAGCUCUCCACCACUACAACUGCCAAAACUGUUUCCAGAGUUAAUACAGCCCCAUCUACUGGCAGGACCACAUCAGCACAGCCUAAACCACCAGCAGCAGCAGCUGCUGCUAAGAAAGAUGUCACUCGACCACCACUUACUACAGCAGCCAAGAAACCCACAACAGCAGCAGCUCCUACUACCAAAAAACCCGAACCCUUUAAACCUGUGGCCACCGUAAAGGUGAGCACCACAUCUAAAUCAUCCACGACGAAGCCAGUGGACUCAAAGGCAUCACAGUUCAAACCAACACAGCCUGCAAAACAUGCCCUCACAAAGAAACCCAUCGCUUCUCAACGAUUACCUGCCACUAGCAGACCACCCUUUGGCCAAACGCCACCUUCCUCUCCAGCCAACAAAGCGGCAAACGGCACGCCCUCUAAAACAAAACGUGGACCCAAACCCACUCAGACUGUCCCACCAUUCUCUGCCACCAAGAAGAAAGACGUUUCAAACACUACCACAUCUGUUGAAGCGUCAGAGAGUAACGCAGCUGCUGGAGUAGCCGCUACUGUAGCUGCAGUUGCAGCUGGUACUGCAGCAGCAGCUGUGCUAACUGAAACACAAGCAGAGGCCAAAGCAGCCUUACCACAAGAGUCAUCCUUUGCUGCACCAGAGGAGGUGCCUCCCCCAGCUUUGCCUCAGGAGACCACUGCAGAUAUGGCACCUCAAGAGGCCCCUCAAAGCCAAGAAGUGGCUCACUCUCCUCCACCGCGCUCUGAGACAACCUUACCAGAGAAGUCUCUGCUCAAAAAAGAAGUUGAAGGCAGUGCUCCCUUAACAACAACAACAACAACAGCACAGGAGCCAACCCCUUCCUCAGUCAUGCCUUCAUUAUCACCUGAGGCCUCAACUCCACACUUGUCAGAAGCAAAUAUUGACUUGUUAACAGACCAGGCCUCCUCUGCAUCUGCAGUCCUUCCAGCAGCGGCAAAUGCUGUCCCUCAGAUAGUCCCUCCGGCCAAUCUAAAUGAGGAAGAAGAUGAAGAGGAGAGGGAGGGAAGCCAGUUGGUUUCUGUGUCUGAAAUGAGUGGAACCACACAGCCCACAGAGGAGUCCCGUCCUGGAUCAGCUGGACUAGUCGGGGGGUCUGCUUGGAGAGCCGGUGGUGCCUUGCUCUCUGAGCUGGACUCUGAGGAGGUGAGCGGCAGUCAGCAGGGUGCAUCUGAACUGAGCGCCCCUGGUGUCCUGGAGGGCACAGAAAGCACUGAUGAUCUGGGAGAUGGUAGUCUCAAAGGAGCCAUUGACAUGGAAGGAGCCUCAGCAGGUUCUCCUGACUUUGAGAAGGUUCCUGACAUACCAGUUAAUGAUUUUGAUGAAGACGAAGAUGACGAUGAGGACGAGAAUGAUCGAGUGAUUGACAUGGAUGUAGGCUCCGAGCGGGCAGAUGAACCGCCAAGACCCAGGCAUGACAAUGAUGUAGAAGAGGAGGAAGACGAUGAUGUAGAGAUGGCGAGUGAGGGGGUGACUGAAAGUGGGUUAGAAAGCUACGGGAAUGCAGAUGAGGAUGACUUUGCUGAGGAUGAAAGGCUGGACAACUUGAACAGGGUGGCUCAACCACCACCUCCGCCGCCUCUGCUUCCUGCUGCACCAGCUGCUCAGUGGGACCAGCUAAACCCUUUUGCAGAUCCCUGGGCAGAACAUCAACCUCAACAGCAACAGCGGGUUCUUGAGCCUGAGCUGGUGGGAGCAGCUGCAGCAAGCCCUUUAGCAGACCGUUUGCGAGCAGAUUCUGAGACCCCAACUCAGACCUCAGCUCAUGCCUGGCUGGAAAUGGGAUCUGCCCCUUUUGUUCAUGAAAGCUUAGAAGUUCCCCAUCAUUUGUCUAUCAAAGAGGAGCCACAAAAUCUUGAGGGCCAAAUGUACUUUGAUCAGACAAAUACAGCUCCAAUGCAGACUGCGCACCCACCCCCCCUCUCUGCACCUGGAAUGUCUCUGUCAAGCACCGUUAGCAGUGAGACCAGCACACCUGAGGAACUGGGGGACUAUAACCGAGACGUAAAGCUCCAGCCACAAAGUUCACAAACCCCAGUGCUUUCUCCACAGCCUGAUCUGGAGGGAGGAGAUGAGGAGGAAACUGAGCCAGAGACCCUCCCUGCUGAUGAAGUUUUGGGAGGCCCUGCAACUGCCCCAACCUCCAACCCGUCCUCAUCCUCAGUAACAGAAGAUGAGGCCAGUGACACGGAAGGAGAAGCUCAGCUGGAUGAUUCCUUGGAGACGCCACUAGUCUCCAACAUAACCUUUGACAGCCAGCCUUCAGCCCAGCGCUGCCUGUCCACUGUGGAAGAGGGCGAGGAGGCUGAGACGGAGACAGAGGGCCGUGCAGGGGAAGACACCACUCCACCCUCGGCUACUUCACUGGCAUCCUAUGGCUUUGACACAAUCACCACAACUUCAAACUCCAACGCUCAGUCCACAGGGGAGAACUGUAUCAAAAGCCCUGGUAUUUUCUCCUUGGAGGAGCUGCCCGAGGAAGCCAAGGAGUCCUGUUUGAUCCCACAGCCGUGUCUCGCAGAGCAGCAGUACAUAGAGUGUGGGAAGCAGGAAGGUGAGUCGGCUCAGCAUGUCAGAGAAGAAGCGCCGGGGUCAGAUGAAGCGCCAGAUCGUUCAUCCACUCACCGUUUACAGCAACCAGAGGAAAACCUGGAUGAUGCCCAGCCUCCAUACUAUUCUGCUGUGUGUGAUAAAACUGAGGACUCUUUUGCAGGCUUCACUGCACUACCGCACCCUCACCGCCGCGAUCACGCAGCAUACACCAGAGCCUACUAUGACAUUAUCAAACCUCACAGCGCCGGCGUUACCCCACCGAGGCUGACCUGUGCCGACCUCCCUCCCAGGAGCCUCGAGCAGCAGGCGCUGAGCCCUCAGCUCCGCAGGCUGGAGCAACAUCAGAGACAGCUGCAGGAGCUGGAACAACGCAGGGAACAACAGAGCAAACCACUUGAGGAGGCGGAGCAGGAGAGGAAAAGGAGGCAGGAAGAGGAGCAGAGAAGGAAGAAAGAGGAAGCUGAAGAAGAAAUAAAGCGCAAUAAAGAGGAGGAGGAAAGGCGGAUAAAGGAGCAAGCAGAGGCAGCCAAGAAAGAGGAGGAGGAGGAGCUUAGACAGAGGAGAGACCUGGAGCUGCAGCUGCAGCAGCAACAAGAGGAGCUGAAGCAAAGGCAGCAAAUCAUGCAGUGGCAGCAGGAGCUACAGCAGUCUAACAAAGGCCAGACGGUGUUGCUGUCCCCCUCCUCUGCCCUCUGCACCAUCUACGAAGCCCUGGAGAACAGUGAUGAAGAGGAAGUGGAUGAUGAGGAAGAAAUAAACGAGCUAAAACCCACUAAACACAAGGAACCUAAGCAAAAGGACAUUCUCCAUCCUGGGAAGGAUGGAGAAAUUUCCUCCCCUUCCCAGUCUCCAGAGCGGCCUCCACCCUUGGACCUGGACUGGGGGAAGAAAGUGGACAUAGUUCAACAGUUGAUUAAUCAGACCCUGCUACUGAAUGGAGAUAGUUGCUCCUCGCUGCUGUUGUUGCCAGGAGGUGCAGGAGGCACACUAAGCCCCCUGGAGAGCAGCAUGUGGCCCAGUCUGCUGCCUUCACUCGCUCCUCCCUCUGCCACGGUCACCUCCGUGAGUAGUUUCUCCCCCGAGGCCACGGGCAGUUCGCCACAGGGGGAGUGGACGGUGGUAGAGCUGGAGACUCACCACUGAAGGACCAGUCACACAUCCAUACAGGGAACGUGACACAAGUCCUGCCAGUUUAUGCACACAUCACAGGGUGAUGAACAGUCUACUGUAUAAACUCCCGAUAUUCACUCCUGGAGAAGAGCCGUAUGGAUUGAGGUAAACAUUUUGGGUUGGGCAUCAUCAAUAUUACAUAAUCUGAUAAGGAACAUAAAUGAGAUCACACUUCUAAAGUCACUUACAAUUUUCAGAGUACAUGAAGGGAUUACAAAGGCAAAUUGUAUUACUCUGCCCAGACCCAUGAUCAUGUGGUGCUGUAGAUCAGUGGUUCCCAACCAGGGUGGCGAAUGACUUUGUUCCACGCACUCUUUAUUUUUUAGACUUUCUUUGAAUCUUGUUUUUCUUCCAAACUACUGAGUAUGUCUACUUACUGGGGGCUUUGAAAGCAGCUAAAAUUCAGAGCUGUGGCAAAAAGUGACCAAUGUUAUUUUUAAGAGAUUGUAAGUCCAAAAAAGUUUGGAACCACUGCCCCGAGUUAAUUUCAGAGACGAUGGUUUUUCUUCCUGUACUGUGAAAACAAGCACAAACAAAACUGUUACCAAUGUUUGGUGGUGCUACAGUUGAAUUAUUAGCUGGUUCUCCAAACACGUUGCUGUUAAUUAAUGCAAAAAAGUUAAUGGAGUAAGACUCUCAGGCAGUAUUUAAGAUGGUAAAUUAAACUAAAUGGACUGAAAAGGUAAAACGUCUUUAGGUAAAUAUUUAAAAUUCUUCUCUGCAAGUAGGAAAAAUGUUCAUUGCCAACACUAUAAAGAGAAAUGUAUCCAUAGCGUCAGUUGCCGUAUGUUUGGUCGUAUUUCUAUGCUCGUUUAUUUUUACUAUUCUGAAUGAGAAAACGGAUCAGAUUAGAGCCCGAGCUGAAAGGACAGCAAGGACAAUUUUAAAGAAAACAAACAAGUCAACCAAUGUCAAAUUUUUGAAUUGCCAAACAGUCUUAAAAUUCUAAAUCAGUCAGGCUUGCUUCAGUGAUAUUCAAACCCGAUUUUUAGGUCUGCUUUAGCGUGCAUGUAAAAUCAGGCAAGACUGAAGAACAGGACCUGAGCUGUGACACCGCCUGAGAGCCUCCGCCGAAAGCCUCUCACUCUGCAGGCGAAGAACCCGAGCUUCAUCUCUGCCGAUGAAACUCAAGCAGAUGAGCACAACCUGACGCCGCACGCUGAAACUCAGCACCUCACUUACCUCUCGCACAACUCUAAACACCAACUUUACACACACACCUGAAACCAUCCGAUCACUAACAGACUCCCAUCAUGCACCACAUCUAUUGACUGACAGGGUGGAACUGGACACUCUGUACUCACACGCACACACAGCGGCUAACAGCAACUGCUGAUCCCGGUAAGGCAAACUGUUCUUCACUUGAACCUGCGAUUUUUGUUGUGUGGGUGUUUUUGUUUUGUUUUGUUUUUUUUAAAUCAAAGCCAUACCUGUUAAUUUGUUUGCGUUUACAUGCAUCAUCAUCACUUUAUGUAAAAGUGGGAACACACUCAGAUUGCACUUAAUUCAAUUCCUUAGUGUUUUAAAUUUUUACCCGUUCAAAUCUAGUUAUUCUUGAGGCCUAGACGUCCCUGUUGUCCUAUUUUAAUGUAAAUUAUUCCAGAUUGAGGUCAAAGAAGUCAUUAGAUUAGGAAAAGAUGAAGGAAAUGAUGUCAGUCUGAGCUGCUCAGGUCGCAGUUUCUCACCAAAGGUCAGUACAACCUGUGGUCUGUACAACCCUUUUGAAACACUGGAAUCAGGUUUUAGUAAGCUUGUGUUCUUAUCAUUAUUAUCAUUGUUUAGAAUGGACAGAACUGGUUAGUGUUUAAAUGCUUUUGCAGGAUCUGUAGCCCAACGUGACAUUUAAAUAGUCUUCCUUAGGUUCUCAUACUUGCGUUGCUUCAGUGACAGACUGCAUGAUUUAAGGCCAGCUGUCAGAUGCAGAUUCAACGCAACCACUGAGCUCUGGGUUUAACCGACACUGCUGUGAGGUGCGAGGAGAUGUUUAAAAGUGCCAUAUGUUGAUGUCCGUUUGUGUUUAAUGGGAUUCUGCUUCUAGUUGUGAAUCUAAAUGGAGGGCUCAUAAAUCUGGCACUCGUCCCCCCUCCCCUCCAUCCACAUCCUGUUGAGUCAGUUCUUGGCUCGCUGCCUUGGCCUUUCCGCUGUGGAUCAGUGGCAUAAAGACCGAAUUGUGUUUGAUAAUGGAAUUCAAAGCAGGGACCCGAAUAUUAAACCGCAGACUGAGACUCGAUGUUCGGUACUUUCGCCCUUUCCCACGAUUGGCUCCAGCAGAGAGUCCGCCACAUGUUCGAGCGUAUUCUGAAGUUUGCAUUCCUGCAGCUCCAGGCGGGGAACACGUGGCGCUCAGUAUUUUUUAUGUCCUUGGUGUGUUUUCAAGUAUUUGCGGGUAUAUCAUUAAAGACUGAUCACUGUAAUGAAGGGAUACUCCACUUUACUUUUGUACUUCAGAGUUUUAGAGUUAUAGUAGCAGUUUUAAGAGUUAUAUUUAGAUUUUUAUUGAAUAGAGAAUGAAAGAUGUUGAGUGUAAAUGGUAGAUCUUAUUCUUUCUAAGUAAAUUGCCUUUCUUCAUGUUCAACCAACAGAACUAAUGAGCUGAAUGGUUACAAGGUCAAACUGAACACAUUUCGUUAUUUACUUAGGCUCAGAGUCCAUCGGUCUCUCAUUUGCUUUGUAAUUUAUUGAAAAUGAAGCCUGUGUGUGCUCCUUUAAUGUCUUCAUGAACCGAGUGAAAUGAACCGAAUCGGGCCGUCUCGCUCGAGGCCCAGACCGUGGCAGCUUGUUCUGAAGUGUAACGUCUUUGUUCAUUUCUGUAGACAAAUCUGUGAUUGUGUAAUUAUUACAAUGCAAUGUUUCAUGUAAAUAAAAUGUUUUUUUUUUAAUAACA